AUGAAAAAUAUUCACAAUCAUCUCCAGCUCAGGAAAUCGAGAAGCUGCGCAACAAUGGCGAUCCCGUUCUCCAAGACCUCCCUCUUCUCUGGAUUCAGCUCUCGCUUGCAGAAGGCGGAUCCCUUCCAUCUACCUCGCCGAGGAUACCAUAUUGAUCUUGGAGCUCGUGAGAAGGCGCUGUUAGAAGAAGACCCUGCAUUAAAAAAAUUCAAAUCAUAUAAGAAUACUGUGAAGAGAGUGUCAAGAAUUGGAGAUGUCCUUACAAUUCUUGUUGUUGCUGCUUGCAGUUAUGAGUUUUAUGCUGUGGCUGUCUUAAAGAGUGAACAGAGGGAGCAAAAUUAAUGGAUAUGUUGUUUGCAUGAGCUGGAAUGGGGUAACUAGAACUUUGCACUGUUGUUUUCCCGGAUUAAAAGUAGUAUUUGUUGGCAAACACCUUUUAAGUAAUUCUUAUCACAUCUUUUGGAACUUUUCGUAUAUCAUGACAAUUAGCGUAAGUUAUAGUGUGCAUAAUGUUUAAUCAGAUGAUUAAAUGUUUGCAAAAUCAAGCAGGUAUUAACUUGAGGUUCUUUUUGGCAUUUAUGAACAAAGCCAUUGUUGGAGGAUCCUGUCAGUCUGUUAUCAAAUUUAAUUUUGGUAAUGUUUAUAACAAUUAAUUUCGCCUGUU